AUGUCAGUUGGAGCAAUGGCCCACACAUCCUCUAUCACCUACUGCGCGCCGCCCGACGUCCUGCUGGUCCAGGAAUUCGACAUCGAGUACUUUAAUAAUAAUGCAAGCGUCGGGUUUGCACUUUCAGCAACGAAUACAGUCGACGACUUGAAUGCAACAGCCUCUGUGGUUCUGACCAGUUAUGGCUCGACCUCGUUGAACUACACGUUCGACAUUUGCAGUGUUUUGGGUGGCCAGUUCUGUCCUCUACCGGCAUACAAUUUUACAGGGAGCGCAUAUCUCCAGAUUCCCUCUAGUAUCGACCUUCCAAUCCCCAGCAUCGCUUUUCGUAUCCCUGAUUUAGAGGCAAUAGCCCAGCUCGAGCUCAAGCGAGUAGAGACUGGGGAAGUGGCCGUCUGCCUUCAAUCUACGCUCUCCAAUGGAUGGAGUCUUCACCAACCGGCCGUUAUCACCGCUACGGCCGUCUUUAGCGUUCUAUCCUUGGCAUCGUCCUAUUUCCACUCCUUCACACUCUCUGCCAGCCGCCCGUCCGUAUUCCGCGUUCUCACCCUCUUCUCAUUCUUUCAACACGUUGCACAAACCGGCAUGCUCCAUCUCAAUUAUCCUUCGGUCUACGUGGCAUUCACCACCAAUUUUGCUUGGUCCAUGGGCCAAUUCUCUAGCUCGCGGCUCCAGUCUGCCAUUGAACGUAUGCGUGCUGCUACUGGUUCGCGUCUAUCGGAAAGCUCGCAAGCACCGGCUGCGUACACUGACCGCACAUUAUCACCUUACAACUUGCUCGCCAAGGAGAUCGAUAUUGGCUCGUUCGUCGGCGGAACAAACUCCACGACACCCCCAGUUGUACCUGGUCACAGCUUUGUCAAUCCGGCCACGAUUACUUCCAGCUCGCAGACGUUAGAGCCGGGGAUCUCGACAGCUGUCAAUUACAUCGGCAUUGCCACUGGAAGCGCUUUUAUGACCGUGUUCUUCGCUCUCCUCUUCGUACUCCUUGUCUACGCAGGGGUGGUGGCGGCUUCGUGGGUUCUCCUCUUUCUCCUGGACAAGUAUUGGCCACAACGAACCUUUAUGCACAAGUGGGGAGAGGAAUGGAAGCGUACUGUAGUACAAGGUGUUUUGCGGAUUCUGCAAAUUGCACUCGCGCCAGUGGUGCUAUUCACCCUCUUCCAAUGGUCACUGCAUGACAACUGGCUUUCAACGUUGCUAUCAGUAAUCACUAUCCUUACGGUUCUCGGCACACUUCUAUGCAAGCUACCGCGUAUUCCGUCCGUCGUGUCUUCUUUCAAACGGAAGAAGCCGACCCCUGACGAUGACGAGACGUCGCAACCAGAAGCCGCGACGACUCGUACAAACGAAGCUAUAGUGGCAGGGAUGGAAGGUGCACUGACAGGUCCAUUCCUUCCUACCCGCCGCUACUUCUUCUUUAUUAUGCCCUUCGCCUAUACUAUCCUCAAGGCCUUCAUCAUUGUUGUAGCGCGCUCUUCAGGAUUCGCACAGGUGGUCAUUCUACUCCUGUUCGAGUUCAUCCUCUUUGCGCUACUAAUCACACUCCGACCCUCACAUACGAAGCGCGGUGAUGUCCUCGAAGUCUUCCUUUCCAUCGUGCGGAUCAUCACCACUGCCGCACUCUUCGCAUUUGCUCGCGAAAAGUUGUCGGUCGACGCGAUUCCGCGAGUAGCAGUAGGAAUCGGCAUUGCCGUUGUUUCAUCGGUUGGUGCGGUGGUGCUCAUCCUCAAUGGACUAUGGGACAUGUUCCCUUGGACGGCGACGGUGCGAAGGAUUCUAGGCAAGAAGACUCCUGCCCAACCCAGAGAAGAGCCCCCGAGGGACGAUUCGUACAGCUCUGUAUUAGAAAAAGGGACGACAUCGCCUGCAAGAUCAGACAAGGAAUCUCCUCGCCAGCAAGAAUAG